AUGAGUUUAAGAACUCGGGAUAAACCAAGCGAACGCGGCCGAUUGCCAAACACGUCGAAUACCUUUAGCGUUGUUGGCGUUAUCGCGUGGCUGCCGUCGCCUUUCACACCUGGACGAGCGCAAGCAGCUGCCACCGCCUGUGUUGUUAUCGGUCGCCAUCCUCCCCCUCCCCGUCCAUUCCCUCUUCGCCAUCGUCCGCCUCGCCACACUCACCCGCGUCAUCACCGUCCCCCGCAGCAGCUUUUCCUGCCCCAACUGCACUUCGCUGCUUCGUUUUCACCACCCCUGCACCCUCUCGCCGGCCGUGGCACUAUGCUCCACCGUGUCGUAAAUUAA